GGAACGACUAAAACGAGCCUUUAUUUUGAGCGGCGUGACCGGAAAUGCCGCCCGUUAUCGUCGCCGCCUUUACCCUGCUUCCAGCAAACACACGGCAUCUCUUAGCGAACAUGGCGGCAACUUGACAACGGCAGCGAGCUGAGGAUGGUGAGGGCUUGAAAAAGAAAAAAAGAGGUCUGUCACAGGCUGUAGGCCCAUCCGCCGACACAAAGGCAUACAGCUUCGCCAUGUUGGAAGAGGAUAGCGCCUUUGUCCCUGCACGACCGAGGCCGGGGGAAACGUAAACGCGUCGGGAAGUGUUUCUAAAAACGGAGUCGAGGCUACGCAGAGGAGCGGAGCGGCGCGGCGCGGAGGAGAGCUCGGGGCGGGCGGGCGGGAGGACAGCAGCUUCACCGGUCAGCCAUGGAGGAUGCGGCCCGUGGUCGCCAGCGUUUGAUUUCCCAACCGACCCACGCUCCUUUUAAUGGGAAUUACCGCUGAUAGCAAAGGCAAGCCGGGACAACCCACCGCCCGACACUUGAGGGGAGGAAAACGCGAAGCGGACCCGACGUCAAUGACUGUUGCGGCAGAGGAGCCCCCACGGUGGAGUCGGCCGGUUCCCAAAAUAUGACCAGGGGUGCUGGGACGUGUUGGCAGCAAGAAGAUGACGACGGCUUCCAAAUCUGGCUAGAGUCCCCCCGCGACAACCAAAAGCCAUUCACCGACUCAGAGAGGGCGCAGAGAUGGCGACUGUCCUUGGCAUCCCUCUUGUUCUUAACCAUCCUCCUCUCUGAUCACCUGUGGUUCUGCGCCGAGGCCACGCUGGCCCGGACCCGGGACAAGUUCGCAUCCACCCACCCUUUGUCACCUCAGACAUACUCAGCACACAGCAGCCUCAGAGGAAACCCAGAUGAUAUUUUUAUAGGAAACUCUACCAAACAUUUGUGGCGGCUCGAAACUUGCCACCGGGAUAGUUUAUCUAACGACUGCUUUACUUUCUUGGAUGCCGACGAGUUGUGCAGGGGCCUUUCCGACAGAGAGGGGACGCGGGCUGUAAAUAUGAGCAAUUUGUACCUUUCCUUUUGUAACUCCUACUCCCUGCUGGAUUUGUUGUACGGCUCGACGAGUCCGGACAAUUUGAACUGCAGCCUCGACGCGCUCGGCGACGGCGACGCGAACCGCUGCAGUCUGUGCGUCCAGGCGUACCAGCGCUACGACCAGCACGCCCAGGAGAAAUACGAGGACUUUGAGCUCCUCACUCAAAAAUACGAGCCGGGGGCAUAUUCGGUGAGGACGUGCAUGGAGCAGUGCAAGGCGGCCUAUAAGCCCUGGCUGUGUGCUCAGUAUUUCCCCACCACCCAGCAGUCCUGCCAGAAGAAGGUGCCGUGCCACCAGUACUGCCUGGAGGUCCAGCAGAGCUGUCCGUUCAUCCUGCCCGAUAACGACGACCUGAUCCACGGUGGCAGCCCCAGCUUCAUCUGCACAGGUCUCUUGGGAAACCAUCCAUCAGACAGUGAGGCGGAGUGCUGCGACGUCCGAUGGGACUCCAAAAUGGACAACCCUUCAGGGGGCACGCUAAAAAGAACUGCUUCUUCCUGCCAGCCCGUGGGGGCUUCGGUCACUUCCGCCGCCACCCCGAGACUGUGCAGCGGGCGACUGAAGAUCUGCCUGCUGGCCCUUGUCCUCCUACACACUGUCAUUAUCAUUUCAGCCUCCCAUAAUUCUUCGUUGGUGGGCGUGGCUGCCAUUUUCUCGCCAGAGGAAAGUGCUUCUAAUGAGGAGUGAACCUUGGGGUUUAAUCAGGGCUGGAGCUUGCGUAGAGCGAUUGUUGACAGGGAGGAAGACGAAGGCUUGUCAUGGCUGCCAGGGACACAGCUGGUGAGAUGUGCUGGAAAUGCCUCCACAAGCCUGCUGCCGAUGAACCGCCAACCACAGGAAGUGGGAAGGUUUUAAUUGGAGCGGAGGGUGCUGGAAUUGGACACCAACUGGAGAGAGAUGUUUGAGAACCACCACCCCUAAAAGAACUGACCUCUUGCCACUUGAAACCUGCUCAUUGUUUCUAUUCCAUCCAAAUGUUUUCUAGCAUAUUGUCCCC